GGCGGGGAAGGAAGGGGCGAGGCUGUCUGACGCAGGGCUGCACCUGCGGGCACCAGUGAGAGUCUGCCUGAACCCCAAGCGUGCCUGUGUGUGUGAGGGCGUGAGCGAGCGAGUGAGUGUGGGGCUGUUGCAGGCUCAGCGUGGCGUGUGCGCUUCGUGCUUCAGCCGGGAGGCACACCGAACCCCGCGGCGGUGGGAGCGGGACUUCACCUCCCAGCUCCAUCGAGUCGCCGAGUUGACAUCAGCAGCCCUCAGCUGCCUCGUUGGCAGGGGUGCUGCUCGCUCUAUGUGUUUUCUUCUCCUGACAAGAUUCCUGGUAGUUUGAAAUAAAUACACCCAGCUAUUUUGUGACUCCAGACUAUAAUUAUGACAAGAGACUGAUUCCGCAUCUGCUUGUGAAUUCCUGUCUGAAGGCCUGAAGUGUGCCAGUGAGUGUUGACCAGGGCACAAGGACAUACAGUAACUGGGAAAAUGACUGACUUUCUUGAGGAAGAAACAGAGAAACAACCUUUAUUUCUUGUGUAGUUGGAAGGCAAAGCAAUGCAAUCUCGCCACCUGUUUAGUGUAAAGAAGCAUUGACUUCUUGAUUGUGUGGAUCUUGUAACUCUGACGAAAACGUGCCUUUGGACUUGUGUAAAUAAAUCAUCGGAAGAAUUGAUUGGGCAAAGCAGUCACUGAGGGAAGAGUCACUAUUCAAGAAUCAUGUCAAAGCACUUGGAGAUCAUCAAUUUGUCGUUUUUGUUGGAACAUGAAAGGGAAACAAUAUUGGGAGUACUGAAGAGAGACGAGUAUCUGAAAAAAGUUGAAGAUAAAAGGAUAAGGAAAUUAAAAAAUGAGCUUCUGGAAGUGAGAAGAAAAGGUGGAAACCAUCAUUGUCAACAGGAAAACAGCAGAGUCUGUCUUCGCUGUCAGAAAAGUCUGGGCUUAAUCUUUGACAGAGGAGAUCUGUGCCAAACCUGCAAGCUUCGAGUGUGCAAUAAGUGUCGUGUUGUGGGAACUGAUGGGCAGUGGAAGUGCUCAGUGUGUGCCAAGAUUGCACAGCUACGGAUAGUGACGGGAGAAUGGUUUUUUGAAGAGAGAGCAAAGCGCUUCAAACAAUCAAAUCUUCUUGGAACUGAUGUUGUCAGACAAUCUAUCCUACGCAAAUUCCCAGAAGAUACCAUUUUGAGCAAGGAUGAAGGAAGGACAGUUAAAGAUCAGCCCCAAGAGAAUGAAGAAAAGAGGCCAGAUGUGUCAGUCUCCUCCACAAACGGGCAUAAAUCAUUCUUCAGCGGACCUAGAAAGAUAGGGAAAGUAAUUAGGUCAGUUACCAAAGGAGAAAUUACCAAGGCAAAAGAUGAAGAUGAAAGGAUCACAGAAGCUGAAACUCAAAGUCUACGCAGUGGCAAGUCAACACCUUGCUCUGAGAGAGGGAGUACUCUUUCUCUGAACAGCAGUGAAGCAGAGCAUGCUGCAGGCUAUCUGAAGGGGGCUGUGGGUCCUGUGAACAGAAGCAAUGUUUCCACACCUUCCCUCCCUAGGUCUCCAGCACUCAGCACCCGCAGCAUGACUGCAGACUAUGGCAGGCAGGACACUGGCUUUCAAAACGGCAUGGCUAUUCCAGCAAGUGAAAGCGUUCCUGAAGAUUUAGUAAAGAAGCACUGUAGGAAAGCAUCUGGAACACCUUCCAUUGCAGUUUCUAGGGUAUCUUUGUCAUCAGAUCGUAGUCGAUCUGAGAUAGAUUUGAGUGAAUCUUUCUCUGAAGAAAAUGAGGAUACUCUGAGCAUAAGAAGCAAAUCUGUACCUAGUGCCUUAGAUCAGGAGCUGGAUUAUCUGGAUGAAACAGAAGAAGAUAUUGAUGACAUAGUGGCCUCUCGUUAUUCAAGGAAACAUGGACAUUUGACAAGUGGAUUAUCAACAAACUCCCCAGAAAUCCCUGACAGAAAAUGGACAUAUUUAAAUGUGCCUGAAAGAGAUGGUGAUACUACUAGCAUUAACAGCAUGCUGAGUGUAUACAGUGAAACCGGUGACUAUGGCAACGUGAAGGUCAGUGGUGAAAUCCUUCUCAGCAUCAACUACAGCUACAAAACAGGUGCCCUCAACAUCUUGGUAAAAAGUUGCAGAAACCUGGCCGUUGCGGAUGAGAGGAAGCAAAGGACCGAUCCAUACGUCAAAGCAUACCUUCUGCCUGACAAAUCCCGCCAAAGUAAACGCAAGACCAAAAUUAAAAGUAAUAGCACCAAUCCAGAAUUUAAUGAAACACUGAAGUAUGUCAUCAGUCACACACAGCUAGAAACCAGGACCCUGCAGCUUUCUGUCUGGCACUAUGACAGAUUUGGACACAACAGCUUUCUUGGGGAGGUGGAAAUUCCAUUUGAUUCCUGGAACUUUGAAAAUCAGGAUGAUGAGUGGUUUGUGCUCCAGCCCAAGGUGGAGGUUGUGACAGAUGUGGGACUUCAAUAUAAAGGAGAACUGACAGUUGUUUUACGUUACAUUCCCCCAGACAGAAACCUAAUGCUUCCUCUGGGGCAAUUUCAAGGGAAGAAGAGCUUUAAAAAAGGAAAAAAGGAAAACUCUCACAUGCCAUCUGGAGGUAUAUUAGAAGUCCUCAUCAAAGAAGCAAAGAAUUUAACAGCAGUGAAAUCAGGAGGCACAUCUGAUACUUUUGUGAAAGGAUACCUGCUCCCAGAUGACAGCAAAGCUACAAAACACAAAACUCCCAUCAUAAAAAAGAGUGUGAACCCCCAGUGGAAUCAUACUUUUGCUUUCAGUGGCUUGAAUUCAAGGGAUAUACGCAAUGUCUGCCUAGAACUGACUGUGUGGGACAAGGAGUCUCUCUCCAGUAAUAUUUUUUUGGGAGGUGUCCGUUUGAGCACUGGAAAUGGUGUCAGUAAUGGCAAAGAGGUUGACUGGAUGGAUUCUCAAGGGGAAGAGCAGCACCUUUGGCAGAAGAUGAUUGACAGUCCGGGAGCUCCUGUGGAGGGUAUACUAAUGCUGAGAUCCAGCAUGGGAAAACGCAGACUCUGAAAGACUAACUGCUGAGGGAUUCCUGACUUCAGUGAUGUUCAGACUCUCGUCACUUUGCCCAUUUGAACGUGGGGAAGGAUUAUACUCUGCCUUGGAUAUUAAGGCUCUGAGUGGGAUUUUAAUGCAUUCUGCACUUUCAUGCGCACGUUUUUAACCCAAGCUUCUUUAUGGGUUGUUUCCCCUGAAGCCAGUGAAAAUUUGGCCUUGUACAGAGAUGGGAGUGGCUUUCUCUGUCCCUUCUGGUGAGUGGUGGAUGGCAGGCCAAUACCUCCCGUGAGGGGCAUGAAGUGAGCAAAUUCUCUAGUUAGCCAUUUAGUACACAAUGCUCGCUUUAUGUAUCUCCUCCUGGGUCAAAGAAGGCCUAGGAGACUGCAGUGAUACAGUGCCACCAGAUUCAGAGUCUGAGCUUUGGUAUUUGAAAGAUUAAAAAGCCAUAAUGCUGUGAAGGAUAACAGACAUAGUUUCUUUAUCAUGUUUGCUUUAUCAUGGUUUUUAUCACGUGCAAUGUGCAGGAUGGCAGGCUUGGGAACAACCAGCCCACCAAGGAAGGCCAAUGCACUAUGUUGCACACCUGAAGCAGGGAGCAGGUGAGCUGAUAUACAGUGUGGGUGUUCUGGCAUUCUCUGGGUUAUUUUAAUGCACUGUAUAAAAGGCAGACUUGGUUCAACAAAAUCAGAGAGCCUCUAAUGAAAAUAAAUUGUAACAAAUCCCCAGUUUCCAGAACUACAUGAUUUUGAUGUGUUUUUCACUCAGUUGACAGCUCUAGCCAAGAUCUUCUGAUGUCAUAGAACAGGGAAUAUGUUCAGAUGCCUGACACCAUUCGAUGAGAUGCUGAGAUGACACACAUACUGGGUUUGCACAUAGUUGAUUAUAUAUCAUAGUUGCACCUUGAUUCAGCAGAUUGUGUAGUAAAGUAUCGUGAUUAAAGCACAUGCCAGAAUGAUUUGCACAACUGUAGAAUUUUCUGUGAGUGGGCUGGAAUCCCAUUCAGGCAUGCCCAUACAUGUUAAUUAUUAACCAGGGUAGGAUUUUUUCCUCCUGAAUAUCCCCCUGUGAGUUAACAGUGGAUUUAGUGAUAAGAUUGUGUUUUAGCCAACUCAAUCGGUAAUCUUAUUAACCAUGACAACUGCUCAACAGUAAUUUUGUCAUUUGGUUUCCCAAAGGGAUUUUACACCUGCUUAGAUCCCUGAUCCUUUAGGGACUUAGGCAGGUCAUAUGUGAAGAGCAUGCUGUCUUCAACAUAAUGAGAUAGGAUUAUUAUCUUUUUGUCAAGGAUAGCACAUGUCUUCUUGCAAGAUUGGAUAUUAGUAUUUAUGUAUGGGAUGUGAUUGCUCGGGAUAUAAGACAAAGGAAGAUCCAUUCCUUCUGAGUUUUUCAGAAUUAGAACACAGCUUCCUUUUUGAACUGGUACAAUCACCUAUAGCUAUUUUUUAGCUUCCCCUCCCCACCCCAGUCUUUUAUUUUUGGAAGCAACGUUGUAUUAAUACUAAGAAAACAAAUUUAAAUAUAUGGAAACAUAAUCCUUACAUGAGUUACUGGAAAAAAGCCCAAACUUUCAAAGAAUGUAGACCAAAACAGCAAUAUUCACAGAUUUCUGUGAAGUAUAAAGACCAUAAAAUCUACACAAAUGUUGUUCUUCACAAUCCAGAAACUGCAGGAAAUAUAGAUUUAACAACAGAUGGUGAACUGAUAACUUCAUUAACUACAAGUGGAGACUUUGACAUCUGUAGCUGUCCUAGUGUCAAAUUACGUACAUGUAUUUAGAGCUGAAUCCAAAACCUUAAAAUUUAAUGUCCAUUGCUUCUUUCUUUCUUUUUUUAAAGAUAUUUUACACUGGUUUGGUUUAUGUUGCUUGAAGCUGCAGGGAAGUUGACAGUCUUUUAAGAUCCUAAUCUUAUUAGAUAAAAAACAAACAAAAAGUUAAGAAUAGCAUCUUAGUUUUAUAAAAUAAUUUGUUUCAUUAUGAAUAGUUUCCGUUAGUAUUCUGAUAUGAUUUUAAAGAGUUGUUGCAGGUACUGCUUGCAUAGUUUGAGCACCACAAUUUCCAGAAACUACCAUUUCAUCUUUGAAAAGAGAAUUCCUUUAGAGAAUCUCAGUUUGGGAACAAAAAAUCAGUAGUUGCUCAAGAAAACUGGCUUCAUGUUCCUUCUUCAUCUGUUCUUCAGCCUGAAGUCCUGCUCAAAUUUGGCAGUGAAGCAAGUCUAGUCCAAUUUUAGCUGGCUUUUCAUUUUAUGCCUCAGAUGCUGUGAGCUGAUAAAUUAGAGCACAAAUAUCAAGCACAUUUUAUGACCUUUUUGUUAUCAUGAUGGUCUUUCUUUAAGUAUUAGAUGGAUUGAGUUUUUUUCAUGUCAGCAUCCCCCAAAGUGAAACCAAUCCUAACUUUUGGCACCUAAGCUAUCUCUAACAGGAUCAGCCCGAGUUGUCUUGCUUUUUUUGUACUGCAAACCUGUGCUUAUUUGGGGAAUAUUGACAUGGAGGCACAAGCUUGAUUUUUCUCUUGCUGAAAAUUGAUUCAAAAAGAUAAAGCUUGUUAAAUCCAAAGAAAAUGGUUCUUCAGGGUAAAAUUCCAGCUAGAGUUGUAGAGGAACAUUGGGCAGUUUUGGUUUGGUUUCAUGAUGAAAGUGAGAAAAAUAAGAGGAACGCAAAACAUCCUCCAAGUUGGACCCCCAAAUGGAUGCUUUUUUUCUCUUGCCAAAUUGAAAAACUUUGGAAUAAUUUUGUACUGAACUAAACCUUUUUCUCUUAAGUGGAGUACAAGACUUUGUCUUUGAAUGAUAUUCUCUAACCUUCUAAGCGUGAAUUUUUUAACUAAAUCAAGUUUUGCUUUGAAAGGAAGAAAAGUCUGUGCUGUACUACUUCAGCUCCUGCCCAUUUCAGAACUGUGGUAGAGUUUGUGGUGAAUGGUCUUGUUUAGGACGUGUCACUCAGCUCAUAUGCAGGCUUAAGUUCUGCUUUUGCUUUCCAAAGGGCCAAAAUUUCACUCUGAGCCUGCACCUGAAAUUAUUGACAGGUCUAUGAAGAGGCUGUAGGUGUCAACUGCAGUUCAGCCUAUGAAAGGAACAAUGUAACCUGGGAAGUAGCUUCCAGCUAAGGCAGUGGUGUUUGCCACUGAUGGGAUUUGAAGUAGUACAGUGAAACCACGUCCUAGGUUAGCAGUGACAAUUCUGCAUUGUGGUAGCAUGUAAUAGGCACCACGCUCUGCCUCACAUGAGCCUGGGAGUGAGAUCCUAUCAAGCAAUUUGAAGAGCUUUUGCUGUUCUACGAUGCAGUCAGCACAUUUGUAGGAAGCGUUUGAUUUGUGGAAAAAUGUCACUUUUAAUUAUAUCUCUUGUAUCUUCUUUCUCUUCCUUUACAAAAAUGAUUUAUGGUUUGGAAAAAGCACAAGAUGAUUAACUGCAGAUGUGGUUUCUUUCUUCCCAGAUACUUGAAUUAAUUGCCUAUAAUUGUGCGUCAUCAUGUACUAUGUGUUAACCAGGCUGAGCAAAAAGACAGAAAACCAGAAAUUAGUCUAAAGUUUUCCUUUUGUAUGUACGCUUGUGGUAUUGCAGGUGAAUGAUGGCUUAUGCAGGCCUAGUUCUUAGCAGAAAAUAGCCACAAUUUUAACAGUGAUUGAUAAGCUCCUGCCAUGAGUGCAUAGACAUAGCAGAGCUGAUGUAUCUUAAGUAUUCCUUUCCUUACCUGAAGAUGCAUCAGUGGAGAAGAAACCUUCUCUACAGUGCUUCUUAAAAAAUAUGUUGCAUGGUGCAUUUUACUCUGUGUUUUUCUAGCAAGGUAACUGUAGGGUUUUCAUCACUAUCUUUUCCCCCUUCUAGAUUAGAUUUUGUGGGUUUGUCCUUUUAAAGAAGAACAGAAGUGCAGCUUCUGCUGUAAAACAUCAAGUGAGGCCAGUAAAUACAUCUUUAGGCAGUGUGGUUAUUGCCAGUAUCUAUCAAAAAAAGAGCUGAGGCUGAGGGCCAUUCAGGCUCUUCCAUCAGACAUUGGUACCCUGACCUGUUCUCUGGAAGUUUCUCUGCUCAGUUUAUCAGCUCUACCAGGACUUUAGUGCUCUAAAUGUACUUGCUUGCAUGUUUAGAUGCCAAAAGCAGGCUAAAAUACAUUUGAAGUGGCCUCUCCCACACCUCCACUAUAAUUACAUUUGAGUGAGGACAGGAGGAAAGCUGCAAAGAUUCUGAAGAGACACUGUGUUGCCAUCUUCCUGAACUAAUCCAAGUGCCAUUCCAUUCCUUGAAUGCCUUUUAGGUGCCACAUUUUGAUCUUCCUUUCCUACCUGGAUGCUUUAGCAGACGGGUUAAGAGAGAAGGCACUGGGAUGCUGAGUAUAUUUUGAUCAUGGUGCAUUGGACUGUAAGCUUAUUCUUCUGUGCCUCUUCCAAUGCAGAUGAUGCUCAGGUAGCAUGAAAAAAAGCAUUUUUAUGCUUUUUAAAACAUUUUUUCUUUUUCCUGCCUGGUUAGGCCCUGCCAAGUGCAAUUAUUCUAAGCUAUAUUUGCAAAAUACCAACUACACUGUAACAGCAGAGCAGUCAUUGAGCUUCCACUGGUACUAAUUGACAAGGAGAGGUAAGAGGAGGGUUGCAUUUAGACUGGUAUAAUUUUGACAUCUUGAGGGGUAUGCACAUUGCCCAGCUUCAGGUAUGUAAAGUUUGUGGUCUGCUCUGUAGAGUUGAUGAAGAGAAAGGCUGAUCAGAUCUCCUACACCUUCGAAAAACAGAUGAGUCCUGUUUCCACAGCUGUCUAGUUGGUGGAUCCAUGCAAGACAGUAAGGAUUGUACCCACAUCUUUGCAGGGCUCUCUCUUCCCUUUGUCCUUACUUUUGGUUCAGCCACCCUUACCAGACAUUCUACCUGAACAUUACUCUGCAGCAAGCUGCAGUUAAGUGAUAGCCUCACUUCUUUUCAUCUAUACAAGGUAAAACCCCAAAUUUUACUUCCCUAACAUACAGUAUUGAUUUUUAGCACUUUGCAACAGUGACAGAAAUAACCAUCUCCUGAGAGCUGGUCCAUGCACUUUGUAAACUCCUUUUUUUUUUUUUAAAGUUUUAAGAGAAUAUUAUUAUUAUUUAUUUUUCCACACAGUGUUGGCAUCUGAGAAUCCCACAGGAAUGGUGGUAGAACAUAUGCUGAAUUGCAAAAUAGGAUGCAGACUUUUAUUUGCAUGAUGUCUUUUACCAUAACUCGGCAGGGGAUGCUGAGAAGCACACUAUAGCAGAACCUUACCACUGUGUCCCAUGAAUUUCCUGCCCAGCCAUUUUGUGUUUGCAAAUGCUGUUUGAUAGGUGGUAAUAAUGCAGUGUUAAUUAUACUGUGUAUAUUGACACUGACACUGGAAAGUGAAUCUCUACUUCCUUUUCCAGUGUUUUUUAGGUUGCUUUUGAAACUCUUCCGUGCUGCAGGUUGACCCUUUAUUUAUAUUAGUUCUUUCAGCAAUUCUGCUCUAUGACAAUAAUGUCUGUGUGGCUGUGUGAUGCUGCUCCUGACACCUCGGUGUAUAUCUUUGAGCAUAGUUCUAAUUGUCGAGGUUUGCCUAAAGCCAAGUGUAGUAAUUUGUUACAGCAAUUGGAGAACAUCAUGUAUCCAUCAUUCUGCCUUUGUUCUGCUUGAAAUCUGUUGCUAGCUAUUUGUUUAAUUAUUCUGCUGGACAUGAAUAGUAGUAGCAGCAAAUGGCAAUGCAGUAUGUAACUUAUGCUCAGAUUUAGAUAAAGCGAUUCCUGCCCAGAACGUUUCUGUGCUGUAAACCGUGCUGUUCAGUUUUGUGGACAAAAGUGGCUGGUAAUACUUUUGCAGCUGUUGUCAAGAUUACUGUUCCCUCUUUUAAAUUAAAAUAUUGAAACUUU